AUGUCUGCCACAAAUAAUAAAGCUAAAGAGAAAUCAAGACAACAUGAAACUAUACAUCAAGCAGUGAAUCAACAAACAACUGCUCUUACAUCGUUAGUAUUGAAUACAUCGAAGGAGCAGAGUACAAUUCCAAAAUCAGUUCAAGCAGUAAGAAUAACAUCUCAACAAGAUAUGGCUGAUGUCAUUCAUGUUAAUCAUUUUCCAUGUUUAUUUGCUCAUGAUUUGACCUUCUACCAGUACGAUGCUAUUGUUGAAGAAUACCAUGAAAAACAAAAUAAAUACAUUAGUCUCAGCAGUCGAGAAAAACGUCAUCAAUUCGUUUCCAAUAUUCUGCUUGCCAAAGAAAUUCACCCGACAGCUAUUUGUUGGUACGAUGAAGGAAGUUGUCUGUAUAGUACAACAAAUUUCGAAGACAAACUGCCAGUUGUCUAUGAGAAAGAAGAUCAAGGAUACCGCCGUCGUUUAACAAUCAAAAGUCUCACAGCUACAAGUGGUACAAACGAUUUAGAUCAGUCUUCGAUUCGAGUUAUUGAAACUUUGAUCAAACAAGUGUUGAAACAGCAAUUCAAAGUUAUUGGUUCAGUCUUCUAUCGAUGGGAUGAAGAGCCACGUCCAGAUGGACCCUAUGAUCUUCUUAACGGCUUCAAACAAGCUUUAUGUCUCACAGAAUCAGGUCCAACACUGAAUGUAGAUACUACGAUUACACGAUUCUAUCCUCAUUCCGAUCUUUUACCAUUUAUUUGGGAAAGAUUAUUGGAUCAACGAAAUAUGUCUACAUUUAAUGGAGAACUGUCCGAUGGACAAUAUAAUCAAGUCUGCAAUUUUCUAAGAGAUGUUGAAGUCACAACAACUCAAUCAGAUUAA